GCUGCUCUGCCCCUGCGUUUCUCCUCUCUCUCUCUCUCUCUUGCUGUCUGUAUAAAGGUGCAAAGGUUCGACCUUUUCGGCAUUUGGUGACAGAGACAGUCUUCCUCCAACUUCCUCCUUCUUCUCCUUCUUGUUCGAAGCUCCUCCUUCGUCCGACAACCCAAUUCAAGCAAAUUCGUCUUCGUUCGCCACGACCGACCUGCUCUCUCCUGGAAAAACUGCAUUUUCCCGAGGUCCCUCGAGGGAAAAAAAAAAAAGUGACCUUCAGGGAGGUAUUGAGCGCACGAAAUCUGGAAGAUAGUCAGCUCUCUCAAACAUUCCAAUGAAUUAUCUGCUAUAAAUGCAACGCUUUGGAAAUGAUAAGAUCUCAAGAACUCAGCACUCAAUGGACUGCACUCCCAAUAGCAGUGAUAAGAAAACUCUGAAGAGGUGGUUUUUCAUUGACAAGAGGACAAGACUAGGCAUUCAUUCCAACUUGUCCUCUAGCAAAUGCAUACCGAUACUGAGGAGAAAGCCGGGAAAGCUUGAUGAGGCUCUCUCUAAUGGCUGGCUAGAUGCAAUGAGGGCCUCGUCUCCUCCUCGUAAAAGGUUUAUAAAAGAUUAUCGUGUUGAAGUUGCUUUAGAUGAUGCCGAGAUUGCCUAUUGCUCUUGGAAGAUUAAGCAUCCAUCAGCACUCAAUUCAUUUGAGCAGAUCACGAAGCAGGCUAAGAAGAAAAAGAUAGCCAUAUUUUUGGAUUAUGAUGGGACUCUUUCGCCAAUUGUAGACAACCCUGAUGAUGCACUGAUGUCUAAUGAAAUGCGUUUGGCCGUGAAAAACGUUGCAGAGUUCUUCCCAACUACCAUUAUUAGCGGGAGGAGUCGCAACAAGGUACAUGAGUUGGUAGGACUGACUGAACUUUAUUAUGCUGGAAGCCAUGGGAUGGAUAUUAUGGGUCCUGUGGGUGUUGCCACAUCCAUCGAUCAUCAUGGCUGUGUCAAAUUAGCUGACAGCCAGGCUGAGGAAUUAAAGCGGUUUCAGCCUGCUGGAGAAUUCUUACCAAUGAUUGAUGAGGUUUUUAGAACCCUUGUUGAGAAGACAAAGGGAAUCAAAGGCACAAUAGUUGAGAACAACAAGUUCUGUGCCUCAGUACAUUACCGAAAUGUAGAUGAAAAGAAUUGGCGCACUAUUGCUCGAUUAGUCCACAAUCUAUUAAAAAACUACCCGCAUUUGCAAAUAACUCAUGGACGGAAGGUUUUAGAAAUCCGUCCUGUGGUGGACUGGAAUAAGGGGAAAGCGGUGGAGUUUCUGCUUGAUUCUCUCGGUUUCGCUAAUCAAGCUGACGUGCUCCCGAUCUAUAUUGGAGAUGACAGAACUGAUGAAGAUGCAUUUAAGAUGCUGGGUGAAAAGAAAUGUGGCAUUGGGAUUUUGGUAUCUUCAGUGCCCAAAGAAACAAAGGCAUUUUACUCUCUCAGGGACCCAUCGGAGGUGAUGGAGUUUCUGAAGUCUCUUGUCGCGUGGAAGAAGAUGGAAGACGCAUGAAGGAUGUGAAAUUGCAGUGCAUACUAGUGUCAUAAGGCUAGGGAUUCAAUGGGAUACUAUGCUUCUAAUAGAUCACGGUCAGGCGGGCGGUCGAAAUCUGAGCGAAUUUUUUUUCGCUUUUGCAUCUUGGCCAUCGGUCUGUUUAGUUUCUAGUGUUUAUAUGUGUUGUUCAGCAAGCUGAUGAAGUUCUGUAAUUAUGUUGUACUCUUCUCUGCUAAGUGAUUAUGAAUAGACAAUAUACUAAGUUAUGACAGCA